AUGUCGUCCGCUGCAUUCUUCGAUGCCGUCAAGGCUCGCCGCACGUACUACGCUCUGUCGGCUGAGUCUCCCAUCCCGGACUCCAAGAUCCACGAAAUUGUGAAGACAGCCAUCCUCAACGUACCAAGCUCUUUCAACUCUCAAUCCACGCGCGUGGUUGUUCUCCUCGGUGACCAACAUCAAAAACUCUGGGGCGAUAUCGUCAAGCCGGCCGUCAAGGCCGUCGCGCCUGCCGACGCAUGGCCUACGUCAGAGAAGAGGCUCGAUGGUUUCAAAGCUGGUUACGGCACCAUUUUAUUUUACGAAGAACCCAAAGAUAUCGCCAAGCUACAAGAGACUUACCCAUUGUAUGCGGACAAGUUUCCUCAAUGGAGUGAGCAUACCAGUGCCAUGCACCAAUUUGUUUUGUGGACCGCUCUCGAACAAGAAGGCUUCGGCGCCAACCUUCAACAUUACAACCCCUUGAUCGACCAACAAAUCUCUUCAACCUGGAAGGUCCCGGAAAACUGGAGCUUGAAGGCUCAACUCGUCUUCGGCAAGCCUGCUGGCACACCCUACGAAAAAUCAUUCAAACCCAUCGAGGAGCGUGUAUUCAUCCAUGGUGCCAAGAACUAG